CACGGAGGUUUUCCCAAUAAUUUCUGUCAACAUUGACACACGCGAUUCAAACAAUAUACUUAGUAUUUUUAACCAUUUUGCUACCGAUACCAAUAUUUUGUCUCGCUUAAUUUAUUGGCAGUAACAGUCGGGAUACGAGUCUGUAAGAGAAUCUGUGCACGCUUCUCUAAUGGAGAGAGUGCUGCACUAAAAGCAGGUGCCCGAAUCUCGCAGGGGACUGUCUCCGAGCUUCCAAGCCCUGCCUUCUAUCACCGUAUUGAUCGCAGUGGGAGAUUUCUUACAAGACGAGAGAUAAUGCAGUACUUUACACUUUUUCUCUAAACCAACCUGUUCGGACAUGCCAGAGUGAUUGACUGAGAGAUUGAGCUUCAGGGUUAAACAAAACAAACUCUCCAAAAGAAAAUAACUUUUGGUCACAAUUCGCGUAAUCGUUAGAUAUGGAGGUUUGUUUUCAACACUGUCAUUUACUGACGAGAGUCUUGAAAAAAGUAUAAUGGGUCGAGACUGUCUCCUGAAUUAGAAGAAAUUUACCGUUCCCAUUUAAAUGGAAUUCUUCGCUUGGCUGUGUCGAUUUUAAAAUUGUUGAAAGUUUUUAAAUAAGAUAUUGACAUAGACCCCUUGCCACAGUAUUUCUGAUCCCCAGUGUUGAUUACUCCCGAGUUUUGGAAACCAUGUAGUUUGGAUUACGUGUCUCGGUUAUUAUCGAAAUAUCCAGUUUGUGUAUUAAGGAGGAGUAUGUUGUCUACUGAAAAACACCACAAGUGUUCUUAACAAUUUCGAAACAACGAUGAAAUUCAAAGGUAGGGGUAAAUCUGCCCCGAUAGUACAGCUGACGGACGUGAUGGACAGGGGCUAUUUCCAGCAGGUCAGGUUCUUUAUUGACCUUGGGAUCGACAUAGACUCCCCGAACGCCGACCACCGGACCCCGCUGAUGCUGUGUGCUCUGAUGGAGCCAGAGGAGUGGGGGACCGGGAUCGCGCGCCUUCUGAUAGAGAAAGGCGCCUCCCUGGACUGUGUGGAUAGGUACGGUAUGAACGCAAUGCAUCUAUCAUGUAUUUAUGGCCGCGUGGAACUAGCUAGAAUUCUUCUCAAUGCCCUAGACUUUGAUUUAACAGAGGCCGACAAGUGGGGGAAUACUGUUCUUCAUUACGCCGUCAGAGCCGGAAGUGUCCCCUUAGUACGGCUCGUGGUCCACGCCCACAAAAAAUACAAAAUCCCCAUGGACCGGAAGAACCGCGACGGGCUGUCGGCGCUUGAGGAGGCCUUCCGGUUCUCUCAUGGACGGUGCGCUGAGAUUAUCGCAGCCUCCGAGAGGAUCGCAGAGGAGGACGUAGAGUUACUGGUCCCCCCUCCCACGCUGGACCUCAGAUUCUCCAAGGAUACGCUCAGCAACCGCACCGUCUCCGAACGCUCAAUGACGCGGCCGCGGACAGCGUUUGUGACGCGCCGGAACUCAAUGUCCAGCGGAAGCUCGACGUCAAGUUUAUACCUCGCACAGAGACCAAUUUUUGUGCGGGAAUUUGCUGGAGCCAAAAGGGAAAAGUUGCCGAAUGAAAAGGACUUUAACCAAAUUAUACGUUGUGCUAGUUUGUCAGACUUUAGGAAUAAUCCUGAAUAUCUUUACAAUUUGACUGUUCCCGGUGCGAUCGUUAGCAAUGGUUCACAUGUGGGGAACCGACAGACAAACAGACCCAAGUCUUGUUACGUGAGACGACCCGUGUCGGUGUCCAGUGAAGGGCCGGGCUUCAGCUGGAGAGUCGAGUUCAAGAAACUGUACGUCCACUAUGAGUACCAGUGCUCUCCCUCCUACAGAGACGCCGCUAAAUACGUCCCCGGGGAAUUCCCCUCUCUCGACGGAAGUGGUUCCCCGCUACCCAACGAAGACAUGGAGGACGGAGAGCGCGGAAAGAAAGGGAAGCGGUGUGGUAGCGGGAAAAAGGAGGCGGCGGAGAAACAGCGUAAACAGUCCCAGCAACAGAAGCAGCGCAAACAGUCCAGUGUCCAGACGCCGCAGGACAAGGGGAAGCAAUCCAGUACGUCACUGGACGGGUCACUGGGGUCAAGCAGUGAGUCCAUCGGAAGUAGUGGCGUUUCGUCCAAAAAGCAACAAGCUGCUUCCGGUGAUACACAAACGACAAAACCGACGAAGUCCACAACGGAAAGUCACGGACGUAUUAGUAGGACAAUGCAUUAUGGGAAGACCGUGCCCCACGUAUCGGUCCAUGAUGACGAAGGGAUUUCCGGAGACGGUAGAUCACCAAAAACGCCACCUAUUGACCAAAACAAAUUAAAGCCAUAAAUCUUAACAUUAGCAAUAUACUGUAGAUAAAGAUUUUGUUAUUAUUGUAAUUAUGCCUUCUACUAUAACCGGAGCUUUGGAAAACUAAUGGCGCCUUGUUUGAUGAUAGAUAUGAGAUAUGAAUGGAUUUAAGGAAAUACUAAUUGUAGCUAACGAGACAGUUUUUAAUGUUUAUUUUACUCGUGAAGGAAACAUGAGAGUGAAACUUUAAAUGAAACACAAAUACGGAAACUAAUCCAAUAUUGACUUAACCAAUUCCUCGAGUCGUGCAGAAAGGAAGCGACUUCAUUUGUCCUCCGUGAGUGAGCCCACUCCGCAGUGGGAGCGACACGUAUUUGUCUGCAAUGACAAAUAUACGCGAUUACCCGCCAAUCUUUCUGGCUUUUCAACUGUGCUUAUAGAAAUUAGAUUGAAUACAAAUAUCA